GUAGACAUGUACAGCUUCGACAGAUGUCCAGAUUCAGCUCUAGACACGUAUCAUUCGAUCUCCAAUGCAUAUUCCGAACUAUUGUCCGACCUCCGAUUACCAUAUCAUAAAGUACUCGCAUGUGCGGGUCCUAUCGGUGGUCAUCUUUCGCAUGAAUAUCAUAUCCCUUCGUCAGUGGGUGAAGAUAUACUGUGUAUCUGUCAAAAAUGCGGUAAAGGAUACAAUGCAGAAUUAGAAGACGGCGCGGAACGCAUUGGUUGUACCGAUUCGAGUUGCUCACAUGAAUUCCAGAAAAUCCGCGGUUCAGAGGUUGGUCACUGCUUUCUUCUCGGACGGCGCUACUCCAGCUGUUUUGAUGCAAAUUAUCACGGCCUGGACGGAAAAAUAACAUUGGAAAUGGGUUGCUACGGCCUUGGAUUGACUCGUCUUGUGGCAGUUGGUGUUGAAUACCUAUCAGCCGCGGCAUUUCCCGAUCUCCCCAACGAGCAGAUCUCGGAGAUCCGAUGGCCACAAGGACUUGCACCUUAUCGUGGGUGUAUCGUGUUACAGAAGGAAACUGCAAAAGAUGCUAUGAAUGCUAAAGAAUUAAACUCUAUCUUCGACAUACUUGCUGACGCAAGCUACGACCUUCGGUUUCCUGGCGAUAUUCUAGUCGAUGAUCGACCUGGUCUCAGUCUGGGAAGAAAGCUGGUUGAUAUUAGGCGUCUUGGGAUCCCGUGGAUCGCAAUUUUGAAGUCGUCCGCGGGCUCGCUUGGUCCAUUUGAGUUGAUUGACCUUCAUCGGGGGCGUUCUCACGCAGCAAUGGUGCACGAAAUACGGUCUGCCUUUGAACAGCCCACACUAUUUAAUUCGUCUGCCCUUCCUGAGUGGGAUAUGUCAAGUCGAAAAGCUAUCGGUUAACUGUUCUGUGGGUCUGACUCUCAUGUACAAAGAUGUUUUACAAUAGUUCAGCUAAAGUGCACAGUGUUCCAGUGUGAUGAAUGCGUGACCACAAGAACUAUUGUCCUUUUUAUGCCUUACUUCUCCGCGCCACAGCAUUUGAUGGGGAAGUAGGUGAUUGACUUUAACUGGCAAUUGGCCCGAUUGUUUGGAGGUUUGAUCGUCCUUGAAUGCCUUCUACAAUCAUGCAGCUAACCUCUUCCGAAUGUCUCUUAUUUUUUAUGUCCAGUCACUGGAUAGUGGUAUGGCAACGAACCACCAAAAACCACAUUGGUCUUACUGUGUGUGACGGUGUCGGGAAUGGGACUCUCUACUCAAACGUAUCUUUACGUGGGUUGUUGAACUUCCAAUCUUCUGAAUGUUAUGCUGUAUGUAUUCUCAUUUACUCUUUUGGUUAGAGUGCGCUACAAUGUUGAAGCAUUGCAAGGUGGAAAUAUUGUAGGUAUUCUGUAACCAUUUUACUAAUGACAUUGAACUUUCGAGAUAUUUUAUUCGUUUUUG